CAGCGCUCAGUUAAGAGGAGAACGCCAAGCGCACAGCAAUCAGCACCGAAAUAUCAGCAUCGAAAUAUCAGCAAAUAAAUAUUAGCUGUUCUAAACCAGGAGGGCAAACUGAACUUGGAGCAAAGAUUUAGUUCGGAACGGAAGUAAAGCUCGGCAACAAGUGCAAACAAUUAAAAGCAGUUAACUAAAGUGCAACGGUGAGAGACGAAAGUGUGGCUCCUCAACAGCCUCAGCUGCCUGAAGUGCUUGGCCAACAUAAUGAGUGCAUGUGCAUGCGAAAGAUUCAUUUCGGGGCUAACGCUGCGUAUACGUAAUGUGUAUCUAAAACUGGGCAUAUACUAUAGCCUUGCUUCGGUUCAAUUUGAUAGUUCGGGCCCCGAAUUCUAUAGUGCUUAAGCUUUUCUCGGCUUUCGGUAUCUGCAUGCUUUUGUGUAUCUAUUAAAAUAAGAUUUUAGCUGGCAACAAGUCGUCGUCUCAAUGCCAACUUGUUUACGUUGUUAAAAUUGGAAUUUAGAAAAAAAAAAAAAAUAAAGCAGUCUUGAUUAAUGCAAGAAUGCAUUAAACAUUCUAAUUACCAUACUAAUUCACAGCCUAUACUUAAGCAGCGCACUCGAUGGGAAAACGCUUUAAACUAUUAAUACCUUAAUACCUUAUUAUUAUAACUAUUAUCAUCAUCGUUUUGCCUAUCAAGUAAUUAGUAUUCAAUGUCGUUCAUUUGUCGUGUUUGCAGCGAUAGCAUUUUUUGUUUGAGCUGCUGCACUGAUUAGCACUAUCUUCAAAAACGCACUUCUAUUAAUAACACUUUCAAUAAUCGCACAUUCUUUCAUAUUAGCUCUAACCAUUCGAGUUCAUAUCAUUGCAAAAGUCAAACGAAAAGUAAAUCUCUGAAAUGAGCCACAUACCCAUUAGUAACACAAUUCCAACAAAACAAACUGAUGGUAAUGGUAAAGCUAACAUUUCGCCGGAUAAGCUGGAUCCCAAGGUUUCGGUAUGUCUAUUGGGUUUAGGUAUAGAGCCAACAAUUAUGCACGUCUGAUAACCAAAUACUUUUGCAUCCACAUCAAGAUCGACAUGGAGGCGCCGGAGUUCAAGGAUUUUGCCAAGACAAUGGUCGACUUUAUAGCCGAAUAUCUGGAGAAUAUACGCGAAAGGCGCGUUCUGCCGGAAGUGAAGCCUGGCUACCUGAAGCCAUUGAUUCCGGAUGCUGCGCCCGAGAAGCCGGAGAAGUGGCAGGAUGUGAUGCAGGACAUCGAGCGAGUCAUCAUGCCGGGCGUGACACACUGGCACAGUCCCAAGUUUCAUGCCUACUUCCCCACGGCCAACUCGUAUCCAGCGAUCGUUGCGGACAUGCUGAGUGGAGCGAUUGCCUGCAUCGGAUUCACGUGGAUCGCCAGUCCCGCGUGCACGGAACUCGAGGUGGUCAUGAUGGAUUGGCUGGGCAAGAUGCUGGAGCUGCCGGCAGAGUUCCUGGCCUGUUCGGGCGGCAAGGGUGGCGGUGUCAUCCAGGGCACGGCCAGUGAGUCCACACUGGUGGCUCUGCUGGGAGCCAAGGCCAAGAAGUUGAAGGAGGUGAAGGAGCUCCAUCCGGAGUGGGAUGAGCACACCAUCUUGGGCAAGUUGGUGGGCUACUGCUCGGACCAGGCUCACUCAUCCGUGGAGCGGGCUGGUCUUCUGGGCGGAGUAAAGCUCCGUUCCGUGCAGUCCGAGAAUCACAGAAUGCGUGGUGCUGCCCUGGAAAAGGCCAUCGAACAGGAUGUGGCCGAGGGUUUGAUUCCCUUCUACGCGGUGGUCACCCUGGGCACCACCAACUCCUGCGCCUUCGACUACUUGGAUGAGUGUGGACCGGUGGGAAACAAGCACAAUUUGUGGAUCCAUGUGGACGCUGCCUAUGCCGGAUCCGCUUUCAUUUGCCCCGAGUAUCGCCACCUGAUGAAGGGCAUCGAAUCAGCAGACUCUUUCAAUUUCAAUCCACACAAAUGGAUGCUGGUGAACUUUGACUGCUCGGCCAUGUGGCUGAAGGAUCCCAGUUGGGUGGUCAACGCGUUCAAUGUGGACCCUCUUUACCUGAAGCACGACAUGCAGGGAUCAGCUCCGGACUAUCGUCACUGGCAAAUCCCACUUGGACGGCGAUUCAGGGCACUGAAGCUCUGGUUCGUCCUCCGGCUGUACGGUGUCGAGAAUCUCCAGGCCCACAUCCGCAGACACUGCAACUUUGCCAAGCAGUUCGGGGAUCUCUGCGUGGCGGACUCCAGAUUUGAACUGGCCGCCGAGAUCAAUAUGGGAUUGGUCUGCUUCCGGCUGAAGGGCAGCAACGAGCGGAACGAAGCUCUUCUCAAGCGAAUCAAUGGACGCGGCCACAUCCACUUGGUUCCCGCCAAGAUCAAGGAUGUCUACUUCCUGCGCAUGGCCAUUUGCUCGCGAUUCACCCAGUCCGAGGACAUGGAGUACUCGUGGAAGGAGGUCAGCGCCGCUGCCGACGAGAUGGAACAGGAGCAGUAAAGUGGUUGUGCAGGUCUGUUCCGUGUUUAGUAUAUAAAUUAAUAUAGUAAACUUAAAUUGGACCAGUAUGAUAUAUAAUGCAUUGUGACUUGGAACCCGGAACAGACCAUACACUUUCCACUUGCGACAUGUUUAGGGAAUUUACAUCGCAACAAAAGAUGGUUCGUCCAUCGCUACAUUAUAUUUAUAGUAUCCUAUCAUUGUAUCAUUGAUGUUGUUCAUGAUUUUUAUUGUUAACGUUAUGCGCCUAAUUAAAACAAAUGUAUUCUGCUUAAAAAUACAAACGAAUUGUAACUAU